AUCCGACGACGAGGCGAGGGGGAGUGCCGGAGGAGCAGCUUCCUCCACUAUAGAAGGAAAGGAAAGAAAUGGACCAAUCCCUCCCCCUCCGUCUCCGCUGCCCCCAAAUCCCCCGAAUUUGACCCGUUUCUCCGCCCCCCUCCUUUCUGCUCGGGUCGGUGAGUGGUCUCGACCCCCGGCGGGGAUGGGGUACCUGAGCACCGUCAUCGGCCACCCCACCGACGGAUCGCCGGUCAGCGGCGGCGGCCUCAGCCAGAAUGGUAAGUUUAGCUAUGGUUAUGCGAGCUCCCUGGGUAAAAGGGCUUCCAUGGAAGACUUCUAUGAGACAAGAAUUGAAAGUGUCGAUGGGCAGCUUAUUGGUUUAUUCGGAGUUUUUGAUGGUCAUGGUGGUGCUAAAGUAGCUGAGUAUGUCAAACACAACCUCUUCAGCCAUCUUCUUAGGCAUCCAAAAUUCAUGAGCGACACAAAAGUGGCUAUAGAUGAUUCUUAUAAAAGUACCGACAGUGAGUUCUUGGAAUCUGACAGUACUCAAAACCAGUGUGGGUCAACAGCAUCAACUGCUGUACUUGUUGGUGAUCGUCUCUUUGUCGCAAAUGUUGGAGACUCCAGGGCUAUCAUAUGCAGGGCAGGAAAUGCUGUACCUGUUUCGAAAGAUCACAAGCCUGAUCAGACAGAUGAGCGGCAACGUAUUGAAGAAGCUGGAGGUUUUGUUAUGUGGGCAGGAACAUGGCGCGUUGGUGGUGUACUUGCUGUUUCUCGCGCUUUUGGUGACAAGCUCUUAAAGCAGUAUGUAGUUGUGGAUCCAGAGAUCCGGGAGGAAAUCGUUGACGAGUCCCUGGAGUUUCUCAUCCUUGCAAGCGAUGGGCUAUGGGAUGUGGUCUCUAACGAGGAGGCUGUCGACAUGACCCGGUCCAUACAAGACCCAGAGGAAGCUGCAAAGAGGCUCCUGCAGGAGGCAUACAAGCGGGAGAGCAGCGACAACAUAACCUGCGUCGUUGUGCGCUUCUUUCAUGGUCAAGGGAGCAGCGGGCCUGCUUAAAGCAGGUGCGAAGAGUUACUCUCAACUUCUCAAGUGGCCGUUGUACUGUGAUGACACACGUACAUGCCUUGAUUGAUUCUUAAGGUUUAAACGAAGAGAAACUGGAAGUAGGAAAAGUGUACUCUGAUACGAGAACAAAAGUUUAGGAACGAAGUGUGCCCUAGGCCUUAGGUUUAACAAUAAAUUUGCUGGUGAUGAACUGAUGAUCGUUCAUCGUGGUUUAGUCGUGGAUGGUGCUGGGUCUGAUGAGUGUGUUGUAUCUUGGUGUGGAUUGCCAAACCAUGUGUGAGUGUGAUGUAAUAUCCAUAACUCUCCCAAGGUAAGUGAUUAUUGUUGUACUGAA